AUGGAUGGGUUCCGCGGGGAGGGUAUUGGGAUUCGGGGAAUCCCUUACUCUGGCUUCGAUUUGCAGGAACCCGGGAGCACGCGCUCAGGUAAUCUUGGGGUUCCAUUUCUUCGUUCGCAGAUUGCAUCUUCUCUGAUCUGGUUUUCGCGGCCCGGGGGAUUUGCCAUUCGCGUACGGUGUUCAACUCUCAUCCGUGGUGCUUGGCGGGGAAGUCUUCUUGAUUGUCGUUAGUUCGGGCGAUUUCUUGUCGGGGAGAUCUGAUUUUCGGUUGUUUCCUAAACGCAUGCGCGGUGAUGUCGGUGAAGUGAUUAGGGCUGGGAGGAAUCCAGGCUGGACGCGAGGAACAGGCCUCUCAUGUAACCAUAUCUUCUUUGCAGCAUUCUCGGGUCCACAGUGAUCGGAUUGAAUAGCCUUCAAUGCUCCUCACACCGGCAUCUUGUAAAAUUCGUGUCAAAUUUUCAACUAUUUUCGAGUUUCUUGGCCUGGUUGGUUUAGGGCGAUGAUUCCUUUCUUCUUGCUCGGUGAAAUUCUACCAUCGAUUUCUCUCAUGCCCGGUGAUGGAGCUUUCCGAACUCGCUUCGGUUUCAUGCCCGCCUGUUCAUUAGAGUUCUGAUUAUCUUCUUUCGGUCUCUAUCUCCUGGUUUUCUUCUCUGUUAUCGCCUCGUCUCCGGGAUCUCAGCUCCGUGGUGUCCCUAUUUACCGGCGCCCUAACCUGCGAUCUUAUGUUCUUGAAGAUAAUACACGAUUCGACGCGUCGCAAUACGACUUCUUUGGUAGGGACGGCGUGGAGGAAGUCGAAUUGGGAGGUCUGGAAGGCGAUGGGGACGAAGAUGCUGGGUUUCUCAGGAUCUACAGCGAGGACGCCCGCUUGUCCCCUCUGGGGGGCAGAGAAGAGGUGACCUUCUCUGUUCUUUUGCCAAGCAUUCUUCGUUUCCUCUCAAGUGAAAUGUACCCUCUAGUUCAUGCCCAAGGAGUAAUUUGCUUAACUCGCUCUACCCUUCUCUUCUGGUGAUCACUUCAUGUGAGACGGUGAUACUGCCUGGACUAAGCCAUCUCCCCCUCCUCGCCCCUUCUUUUUCUUGAUAGUAUGGGGUCCUUUUGCUGCUGUCCUUCCCUGUUCUUCUGCUUAGACUGCGUGAAAAAGUGGAGAGGGAGAUCUAUUUUGGGUGGAGUGUUUGACUAUUUUGAUGACUGAAGUAUUUGACCAUUCUGACGUGUUCUCAGCAUGGUAAUUUCACCACCCAUAGGUGUUGGAGAAGAAGGGCAGGAUUUUCUUGGAUAAUUUCUCAUCCAACCUCAGUCGAGUUUUAGAUAACAUUAUUCUUGCAACAAUGAAUAAUAUACCUAAUAGAUAUCCAUUCUUAUGGGCAUGUGCUUAGUGGUUUACCCUGAGCUUGCUGCAUCUUUCUCAAAUCUCUGCUCAUUAUUUUUUUAAAGAGAUUAUUCUAUUUCUGACUUAGUUUGCUUUGACUUAGUUUAUUAAGAAAUGAGAUCAUUUUUUGAUAUCAACUCCUACCUUUCCUCCUUGCAGGGUGAGGGAUUGGGGGCUCUCUCCGACAUUGAUGAUCUUACGAGCGUAUUCUCAAAGGUCAGCCUUCUCUCUUUCAUGGGAAUUGGUGAGAGGAUGAAGCAAAAUGACUGGUCGCAUGUGUAGAUAUUUCAUUGGUCAAACCUUGAUUUUGAGAAAAAUGGUGUCAACUGUAGAUGAUAUUUCGCCACUGAAUCUUGAUUUUUUAGAGAAAUGAUGUUCAUCAUAGAUGUUUCUGUGAUCUACUUGUACCAAGUCUCAUACUCUGACCUGGCUAUUGCUUUCGCCUUCAUUUUUUUUUUUUUUGGGUUGACUUCAUCCUUUAGAAUUCCGUAUGCUCUGGGUUUUUUUAUUGGGUUAGAAAGGUUUCAAAGGAAAGCUGCAGCAUGUGAUCCCAUUAAUCUACAUAAAUUUUUCAACGUGCCGUGUCUCUUAUUCAAUAUAUUUUUUUCUCAAAUAUAUUUAUUUAUUUAUUUAUUUUAAUGCCUUUCAUGAGUAAUUUUCCAAUGGUUGUUCAUCAUUCUGGUGCAUGUUAUCAACCUGCAGUUAUCAACCUACGUGUAACUUCCUGGGCUUACUCGGGCUGAUUCUUAGGGAUCUGCCAUAAGGCCUAGAUUUUUUUUUAAACCCCUAAUUUUCAUCAAUGGGUAAUUUUAUGUACCCUAGUUGCAAUUUGUGGGGUUAUAUGAUUAAAUGUCUAUUAAUAUACGGUAGGCGUCUGCACUAUUGCUUGAACGUGGCCUAAAAAUAGAUCUAUUUUUUCCCACAUUAGUGGGAUUGGGGAAAAUAACUUUCUUAUUGUAGUAAAAAAAAAAGUCCCAUCUUUUCUUCCAGCUCUCCUCUCCAAUUUUCUGGAUCAUUUAUUACGUAUGAAAAUCAGGAUUUGGUGAUCACGAUUUGGCCGAAUUAAUAUUUGGAGCAUUGCUGGUUGAGGAAAAUUGAAUUAUUUGAUGCUUCUGUGUUUUGUUUUUGUUCAUGGCCCCGUGGUUAAUUUUUGUUGAAAUAAUUACGGUGCUGCUAACAUAAUUCUUAUAAACAUAUAUUUUAUUCUCAGCUAAACAAGAACGUUAGUGGACCGAGGAAUGCUGGAGUUAUCGGUGAUCGGAGAUCAUUUUCCAGAGAAAGUGAGUAUUCCCUCCUUAGUCUUUCUUUAUUUGUUCUCCAGGAAAAGAAUAUGCUGAAUAAUGAUCUUUCAUUUCGUACCUGUUUGAUUAGAUAAUAAUCUUUAUUUUCGCUCUUUUUUCUUUGGAAAAAGUAGAUUUUUUAAUUUUUUGUUGUAGAUUCCAGCCCUUGCUUGAGCUCGGAGAAAUCUAAUCAAACUCUGUUUUUCCAAUUUUUUAAUUUCAUAAUAUUUAUUGUGAUGUGAGUUUGGGAUUAUUUAUGGAAACAUUUGGAAAUAACUAAGUUUAUGAAAAAAUUAAGCAAUUCUCAUCAGUGGGAUUUUGCUCCUAAUCUCUCUGAACUUCUUCAGCAUCGUUGACCGGUCCCUCUCAAUUUGCCCUUUUAGGUUCCUUGACUGCGGACUGGUCGCAGGACGCUGACUUUUCCGACUGGCUCGAUCAGACAAGCUUUGACCCAGAGAAUCCCCAAGAUGAGAAGCGGUGGUGGUCUCAGCCACAGCUGUCGUCAACUCCUGUUGCAGAGCCAAAGCCGCUGUACAGGACCUCCACAUACCCCCAACAGGAGCCACCGCACGACCCUAUUGGACCCCUACUUGCACCACCCAGUUCAUCGUCUUUCACCUCAUACCCGCCGCCAGGCAGCCAAUCCAGAGCGCCGCCGCUGCUCCGCCACUCGAGCGUCCCUAUUCCCCUUCAAGCUCCGGCAAGCCAGCCGCCACCCUUCUCCCCUCAGAGCUCAUUGUCCUCCUUCUCUGGCUCGCAGCUUCACCUGGGAGGAGGCCUCCCCUAUGGCGGCAGCUUGCCUCAGUUCACCCCUGGCGGUGGUCUCUCCAUCUAUGGCCGGCAGCCCAGCCUGAUCCACCACCCGUCCAUGGUUGAUCUGCUCCGCCAGCAAUGGAUGCUGGGGGCGGUCCAGCCACUGGCAUCGCCUCCUCAUCUUCCCGGCUUCCUGUCACGUUCCUUCAUUCCACCGCCACCACCAGUGGCUGCAUUAUCGUCCCCACGUAUGGCGAGCAAACUGGAGCUGGUGGCGGGAAUGGCCGAGCAGCGGGAGCCGAGAUCAAGAGGAGCUCAGAGGGGGCGGCAGGGCUCAAGGGCUGCCACAUCGGGUGGUGAUGGCGGCAGUGGCGGCAGUCAGAAAGGCGAUGCGGCAGUGCGGCUGCAAUUCCGGUCGAAGUACAUGUCAGCAGAGGAGAUCGAGGGCAUUCUGCGGAUCCAGCAUGCCACCGGACACAACAGUGACCCCUACGUCGACGACUACUACCACCAGGCCUGCACUGCCAAGAGGUCCGCCAUGGCGGCGCGGGGGAGGAAGCACCAAUUCUGGCCAGCGUCCCUCCACGACGGUCCCCACCGCAGCCGCAAUGGUCACGAGGCUCACUCUUUUAUCCAGGUUGAUGCCCUCGGGAGAUUGUCUUUUUCCUCCAUCCGGCGGCCCCGGCCCCUUCUGGAAGCCGACCCGCCGCCAAUCUCCAGUGAGCGGAAGGUGGCAAAGCCGCUGGAGCAAGAACCCCUUCUGGCGGCCCGCAUUGCCAUUGAAGAUGGUCUCUGCCUGCUCCUCGAUGUGGACGACAUCGACCGGCUCCUCCACUCCGGCCAGCACCAGGACGGCAGCGGCAGCAGCGGCACCACCCAGCUCCGGCGGCGGCGGCAGGUGCUCCUUGAGGGGCUGGGGGCCUCUCUGCAGCUCGUUGACCCUCUCAGCCACUCUGCUGGCCUCAGCCCCAACGACGACCUGGUGUUCCUGCGGCUGGCCUCGCUCCCCAAGGGCCGGAAGCUCAUCGCCCGCUACCUCCAGCUCCUCUUCCCCGGCAGUGACGUCGCCAGGAUGGUAUGCAUGGCAGUCUUCCGACACCUGAGGAUCCUCUUCGGCGGCCUACCAGCAGACCCUGCUGCUGCCGAGACGACAGCUGCCCUCGCCCGUGCUGUCUCCUCCUGCGUCAACAGCAUGGAUCUGAGUGCGCUGAGUGCCUGCCUUGCUGCCAUCGUCUGCUCGUCAGAACAGCCACCGCUGCGGCCAAUUGGGAGCUCCGCCGGUGAUGGUGCAUCGGUCAUCAUCAAGGCCAUCCUUGAGAGGGCAACGCACCUGCUUACAGGCCCACAGGCCGCUGCCGGGUACAGCCUGCAGAUCAGAUCGCUCUGGCAGGCCUCCUUCAACGCCUUCUUCACGCUGCUGACCAAGUACUGCCUGCGCAAGUAUGAUGCCAUCGUGCAGUCUCUGCUCCUGCAAGCGCCAACUGCUGCCGCUGCUAAUGCAGAGGCGGCGAAAGCUGUCGGCAGGGAGAUGCCAGUGGAGCUCCUCCGGGCCAGCCUCCCCCAUACUGACGAGCACCAGCACCUGCUUCUGCUUGAAUUUGCCCGCAGGUCCACCAUGCCGGUGACCGGCUUCAAUGCCGGCAGUGGCGGCGGCAGUGGCGGCGGCAGUGGUGGUGGAGACCCGCUGAGCUCUGAGUUCGUCCCAGGUUAG